AUUUGCUCCUCUCAGUUUCCUGUCCUCAGGGUCUCCUGGGCUGCAGGCUGGAAUCCUCAAGGAGCUGGAUUGUCCAUGCCUUGGGGAAGAUGAAGACUCGGGCCCGCCAGCAGCCCCAUCUUCUGAAAGGGAAGAAGAAAUGGCUUUUGUGGGCCCUCAGCGGCUUCCUCUUCCUGUUCUCAGUGACCAUGACUGGCUGCUUCCUGUGGCAGUACUACCUCCCCAAGUUGCAGAACGGUUCCUCGAAGUCAGAGGUGCCCCCAGCCCAGGUGAGGAUGUGUCCCCGGCUCCCUGAGCUUGUGCCUCUUGCUCACCCGCUGCCAGUGCUGAAGGAGGCCUUGGAGAAGGUGGAUGGGAUUCUGCGCAAGGCGAUGUUGGCCCCGGGCCUGGCUGCCAUGUCUGCCCUUGUUAUCCAUAAUGACACUGUGCUCUGGACUGGGAACUUCGGGAGGAAAAAUGGCUCAGAUCCAAAUUCUGGAACCCCUAAUGAGCAUACCAUGUACCGAAUUGCUAGCAUCUCCAAGAUCUUCCCUGUCCUCAUGCUGUACCGUCUGUGGGAGGAGGGCAUCGUGGCCUCCCUGGACGACCCUCUGGAGCGAUAUGCCAGCACCUUCUCCAUCAACAACCCAUUGGGCACAGCCCAAGGCCCUGAAGCACAGGACCCAAUGGGGGAAUUUGAAGAGAUGGGCUCCCUCCCAAGCCCAUCCCCUGUCACUCUCCGGAGGAUGGCCAGUCAGUUGUCAGGACUUCCUCGAAGGCUCAGGGGCACUUCGCUGCUGUGGAAGGGCAGUACCCAGGAGGCUCUGAGCCUGCUCAAGGAUGAUGUCCUGGUGGCUGACCCAGGAACCAGAUGCCACUACAGCACGCUGGCCUUCUCUCUCCUAGCCCAUGUGCUGGCUGCGCACAGGGCACAGGGAGACUAUGAGCGCUGGGUGUCUGAGCAGGUGCUGGAACCGCUGGGGAUGAGUGACACCGGCUUUGCCUUGACGGGAGCAGUGCGCGCACGCCUGGCUGCCGGCUUCUAUGGUAGUGGCAGGUCCGCGCCGUUGUACGACCUGGGCUGGUACCGGCCAUCGGGCCAAAUGUACUCGACAGCUGCCGACCUGGCCAGGCUUGCGGCUGCACUCAUGGGUGCAGGACCCCGACGGCUGCUACGACCUGACAGCCUAGCCACACUACUGGCACCACUACGCACCUGUACCCACGGCUACUUUGCUAGUGAAACCGGUACACCCUGGGAGUUCCACGAGAGGCUCGGAUAUCGCGUGGCGCGCAAGGAUGGCGACUUGGACGGCUAUGCCGCCAGCCUGGCGCUCGUGCCACCCCUACGCUUGGGAUUUGUGCUAUUACUGGCCGGACCUCGCCCACCCACGCAUGACCUGGUGGCUGACGCCCUGGACACGCUGCUGCCUGCCCUGGAGCGCGCACUGCGCGACGCUGAGCUUGUCCCCGCGCCCCCGCCCCGCGCGCGCCCGUUCGCCGGCUUCUUCACCUUCGCCAACCGCACCUUCUACGAGGUGCGCGCCUCCGGGCCUCGCGGCGAGCUGCGCUUACGCCAGUUUGGGCCGCGCUUGGAGGCGCUCGUGCCCGCCGCCUUCCGAUCGCUCGCUCUGCGCCACGUGCGCGGCCGCGUCUUCCAGUUGCACGUGGCGCGCGAGUUCCCGUGCGCGCUGCCGCUCGCAGACGCCUGGCUGUCUCUGGAGGCCCAGCACGGGCAGCUGGUGCGGUUCUACCCCCUGGAUCGCCACGGGCUGGCGCCAGGCUUCGACGUGCCAGGCCUCAACACCUACGGAGUGUUGCGCCUGCCACGCCGGCCGGUGUUCGGCUCCCAGUGAGCUGGGCAAACCCCACGCGCGUGCGUCCACACAUGCCUUUGCAUUGUCUAUGCUUGCAACCCUCUGCAUACCUUCCAGCCUGCCCACGCCCACCUACAGCUUUCCUCUUAUCUGUAGCCUCCCUGUCUCCUCCAAUCUCUCCCUCAAUCCCCCUCCUCAUGCUUGCAACCUCUCUCCCCUACACUGCCUGACUCUUGCUUGCUCUCCUCCCCCGCCCCCCCGUCCCCGCACACACCCCCACCCCCCCACCCCCGCUGCAACCUCUUCUGCCUUUAGCCUCACCCCCACUUCAGCCUCUUCAUACCUGCAGCCUCCCCUGCAGGGUGUCUAUCCUGCUCCAGCCUUUCCUUUCCUCCAGUUUCCUACCCGUGGUUGGCAGGCAGGCCAACCAGAGGACUCAGUAGUUGGCAAAGUGGGGUCUUCUUGGACCACAGCUAGUUUCAAACUCCUCUUCUUCUCCUGAGAGGAAGAGUUAUACAGGAAUUUACAGUAAGCAUGCAAUCAUUUAGGCGUCCAGGCCCAAUAAUACAGAGCAGUGCUUGUGUCCAUUGAAACAAGGACAAAAUGCCAGGAUCUUGCCAGGGCCUUGCGCUAGCAAAUGCUCUACUACUUAGCUAAACCCCCAACCCCUUGUUUUUGUUUUUAAUUUGCCUAAAAUUAAAGGAACCAUCAGGUUUGUUUAUGUGUUUAUCUAGCAGGCCUGCAGAUAGAACUCAAAGCACCAUGUGCUAGGUUAAGUGCUCUACCGACUGAGCUGGACGAUUUAGACAAAUAUUUAUACCCAUCCCCGCAAUCAAGAUACAGGAGAUUCCCCUCCUAAUCCACCCGGUACUCUUUCUUUGUGGCCCCGCCCCUCCCUCUGCUCCUCCCCCAAGCCCCAGGCAACCACGGAUCUGCCUCUUGUCAGUUUAGAUUAGUUUCACCGCCUCCAGGGUUGGUGCGAAUGGGAUCACACAGGGGAGGCGAUCCCCUCGGACUCAGCGAGCUGGUUUUGAGGUCUGAGUCUGUGUGUGUCCAUAGUUCAUCACUGAUUUUAUUCCACGGUAUGGCCGGGACAGUUUGCCUUUUCACCCGCUGAUGGACGUUUGGGUCGUUGCCAGAACGGGCUGUAGGAAAGAGGCUUGUGUGCACGGGCUCCUGUGUGCCCAGGCUUUCAUUGCUUUGGGGGUAAGUUUCUAGAUGUGACUGCCAGGCACUUUUCCAAAAGCCUUGUGCCACGUUCCUUCCCUACACGGAAAUAGGUGACAGUUCUGUUGCCCAUAUAUCGGGAGACACUUGGCACUGUCGGUCUUUUUAAUUUUAGCUAUGCUGGGUAGUUCUGAAAUCAUAUCGCACUAUGGUUUUAACUGUAUUCUAUUUAUUGAAUUGUAAAAGAUAUAUAUAUAUAUGAUAUAUAUGUUAUAUAUAUUAUAUAUACAUACAUACAUAUAUAUAUAUAUAUACACACACACACACACACACAUACCAUCUCUCUGGAUUCAGUUCCCCCCAGUCUUUGGAUUGAUUUUGCACUUUCCUUUUUUUAUGGAAGUCAGUAUUUAUGUAUGUAUUUUGAGACACAAUCUCCUGUGGUCCAGCUGCCCUGCAACUCUGAGGUGCACGCCUCGUAUAUAUCAGUAUAUAUACUGAUAUACCCCAGGGUUGACCUUGAACUUCUGAUCCUCCUACCUUCACCUCUGAGGGUUGAGAUUACAGACAUGCACCACCAUACCUUGUUUACAUAGUACUGGGCCCAACCCGUCAAGGUUUCAUGUGUGCUAGGCAAACCAUUCUAUGGAAGCCAUACCCCCCACCCCCUGUUCUUCCUAAGUAAAGAAAAGCCUUAUAUGUGUAUGUGGUAGCUGGGUUUGUUCUCAUGAGCACAGGGUCCCUAGGAGGCCAGAAGCAGGUGUCAGAGCUGCAGUUUCUGCUGCUGUGGGCCUGUGGGUGUGGCUGCCAGGGACUGCAUUCAGGUCCUCUGCAGUAAGAACUCUCCACUACUGAGUCACCUCUCUGGCUCCCCCAACCCUGGGCAUUAAAGCUUUAAAGAUAGGAUCUCACUAUGUUGGGCAGAUUCUCUUUGAAUUUGAAAUCUUCUUGUCAUGGCCUCCCGGGAUGCUGUGAUCACAGUCAUAGGCCACUCUGACUGGCCCAUCUUCUUAAGGGUGUCCUUUGCAGAGCAGACUUUUCACAUGUUGAUGAGUUUAUGCCCGUUGAAUCUAAUGUAAAGCUAGGGGUUGCGUUUUUGUAUUACACACAUGCGCACACGUGCCUGAGAUUGAACCCAGGGCCUCAUGUGCUCUAGGCAGAUGCUCUACCAGUCGGCAAUAAGCUCAGCUCCCAUGCGUCUCCUAAAAGUUUUGACUUUUACAUUCGAGAUAACUGUAAAUCUCCCACACACGUAUCAGAAAUAACUAGUGUGGCCUUUACCCAGUUUCUUCUCUCGGCAACCUCUUGCAGAAUGUUGUAAAGAGGUUGAUCUAAUGCAGCCAGGACCAAAAGGUUCUUCUGAGCACAGCAGGCCUACCUUCCUGAUUCAUAGUUACCUAUUCCUGCUCCCCAAGCCUUACCCUUCCCUUAAGCCCCAGCAAUCACAGUCGGCUCUGUAAUGCCAGAAGUCUGUCAUUUAACACUAUUACAUGCUAGGGGAUGGAAAGCUGAUCUCUGGCCUUCACAUGUGUAGCUGACACCUGUGUGUGGACACAUACAUAAGCAUACAUAUGUGUGCAUAGCAUACCACAUAAAUAAAUGGAGUAUUUUAAAAGGGAGGGGGAUGGAGAGAUGGCUCUACCCUCAAGAGCACUUACUGAAGUUUGGCUCCCAGAACCCACCUUGAGCAGCUCACGACUGUCUACAACUCCAGUUCUAGGAUCUGAUGUGUGCUUUUAGCUUCUGUGGGUGCACACACCCAUGGCACACAUACACAUAAAAAGAAAUACUUGGCCUGAAGAGAUGGCUCAGUGGUUAAGAGCACUGACUGCUCUUCCAGAGGUCCUGAGUUCAAU